AUGAUCCUUCAAGCCUCUUCACAAGCUGUCAGCUAUCAAGAGCUCUUUGAGAAUGUGAGAGGCAAGAAAAUCUUGGAUAAUCCCGACGGCCACAACGCAGCAGUCAUCCUCACAACGCCAAGCUUUGCCAGAGACCUCGAAAAUGCAGACAUCAUGGGCCAAUUUGCCAGAUUGAUGGCCGGUUCAGCAGAUGUGGACAAGUUUCAUGUUCUAAGCGCCGUGGUCGACCGUCUCGCAGCUCCAGCAGGGUCACUCAGAUCUCACGAGGGGAUAUCAGUUCUACGAGGUCACUUGGACCAUAUGCUACCGCAUCUAUGGCAGCCGCUAUCGCCAAAGUCCAAGGAUGAUGCAGAUUCAGUAUCUGCUUUGACGUUUAAUCUUGGAGACCCCUCGGUGACGCUGCCCCUGGCUAGAACCACAUUCCACAAUAGCAGACCAUCCACACUCUUGACAUCUGAGUUUGAUCUGGCUCAUAGCGUGCCUCGACUCACUCAACAAACCGAAAAGCACUCACAGUUUGUGAAAGUCUCGCUGGACCGUGAUAUCGAGUCACUGGCGCAUCUUGAUAUGUGGGCACCCCUGAUGCCAUUGACUCAGCCUCGGACCGUGACUGAAAGCUUUGGAAACAUCAUUCGAGGUAUCGAGGUCGACGGGAAUACUAUCCCAGCAUCCACCGAACUAGAGGACAUUGUCAACAAGCUUCAUAAGCAAAAUGGCCCAUCUGGCGUUUUAUCUGGCCCAGUAGGAGUCUGGGCAAUGGUUACCCCUGACCGUAACGCAUCAGGUGCGCUAGAGGAAUGGUUCGAGGAAGCCCCCGAGCCCAUAACGGCACUGCCAGAUAUCGAUGAUAUCAGGGAAACUGUAAAGGCCACAGCUCAACAUCUCAAGCUGCUUUACAGCCACGGCGGUCGCUUGUACAAGAUAUUGAGCGGUGGCGGCGGAUGGGGAGCCAAAAAGGGACUGUUGUCUCUCGACCCUCAGCGCGCACACUUUUCUCUUUCGGAGGAAGAGGAAAUGCAAAACUUUAUACAAUCGAUGAAUGGCGGAGGCUUCACUCCCGAAGGCUCACAGAUUCAAUUUUUCAUGUCUGCACCAGCUCUGCCAGAAAAUACUGCGGAGCCCUUUACACCUGGUGUUGUCUUUGGAGUUUCUGGGGAUGUUGCAGUUCCCAGCGAGGCCGAUCCGAUAAAUGGCUUCAUAGGACAGCAUUUUGGCGCGCUUUCAAACUCGGCCAUCUAUCUCUCUGGACAAGGGCUGCCCGGUGGCAAGGAGACGAAGCUGAGCGUGCCGCAUUCUAGAGUGUACAGCAGAGAACCUGAGGUCAAGAUGGGUGCUUUUGAAAGCCUCGCGUAUGGGCUGGCAGAUGCUGGAACAAUAGUACUAGCAGGGCUGAAGCAUUAAGAAGGUGUACGAGUAGGUGUGGGUAGAUUCAUUGUAUCAUAUAUCGAGUGAUGAGGCGGCCACCCCUUUCUAUCUAAUACUUGUAUAUAUCGCCUCUUAUUCUGCUAAUCAAUAUGCAUCAUCAUAACAACUCUACUCAGUCUUCUUCUUCUUUCGUUCUAAGCCCUCGGCCAUCAACGCUGCAACAUCAUCUAUGCUCGUCCCCCUCUUUCUCUUUCCAAUCUUCUCCUGUCCAAGUACCCCGUCUUCCGCGACUGCUUUAUAAAUUCCCGCGAUGCCCUCAAACACCGUCCUAUCCCAAUGGCCCUCCUCAUGGAACGUCUUGGAAAUCUCCUCCAUCUCCCUCACCCAGCGAUAGGCCUUUGGCGGCAUCCCUACAACACCCUUUUCCGCCCUCGUCAACAUGGCCGGCACCAUGAUACCCAGCUCCCGCUUCAGCUCAUCCGUCACCCCAAGGC